AUGUCUGGACGUGGUAAAGGAGGAAAAGGAUUGGGAAAAGGAGGCGCCAAGCGUCACAGGAAGGUGUUGAGAGAUAACAUCCAGGGUAUCACCAAGCCCGCUAUCCGUCGUCUUGCCCGUCGAGGUGGUGUCAAACGUAUCUCUGGCCUGAUCUACGAAGAGACCCGUGGUGUAUUGAAGGUAUUUCUGGAGAAUGUCAUCCGUGAUGCCGUCACCUACACCGAGCAUGCCAAGAGGAAGACUGUCACCGCUAUGGAUGUCGUCUAUGCCCUGAAGAGACAAGGCAGAACUCUGUACGGAUUUGGAGGUUAA